AUGUGUUACUAUGAAUGUGAGGCAUGGCAGAUGGAGGGUGAAGAUGGUGAAGUGGUGAUGCAAGUAGAAGAAGAUUCGUCGCUGUGUCCUGUGUUUUCUAUUGAAAUCUUCGCUAACAUUGUAUCUGAUCAUGAAACCAUCAUUCAACAGCUAUUGCUGCCACAGGAUCAGUUAACGCAGGCCAGCAGCACAUCGUGGUCGGCUAUAUCUAGCAAGCUUUCGCAAAUGGAAAUACCCUUUAGCCUUCAUGCCAGGGUGAUGCUAAAGAUCAUAGAAUGUGCUCGUUCCGCCAUGAAGGAAACACAGAACAAGAAGCGCAAGAACAUCCCAAUUAUCGUCACUCUGGGUCCUGCUGCUGCAACACCAUCAAAGGACGAAGCCGUCGAUAAGCGCAAGGGAUCACUGAAGAAGGUUAAAGUUGAAGAAGGCAAGUUUACCGUAGUGCAGUGCGUGAUUUGUUUGGAAGAGAUUUUGGAUGGGUUUAAAGUUAUUCAAAUGCCUUGCUCUCAUAUAUAUCAUCUACAUUGCAUCUUAAGCUGGUUGGAGAAGAGUAAUCUUUGUCCACUUUGUCGAUUUCAGAUGCCUACUUGA